AUGUCAGGAAUCGAUCCUACAUCCCCACCAGGAGAGGCGGCACCCGAACUGCUCGACGGCCGCAUCUGGGUCGACGGCUGCUGGGACUUCUUCCACCAUGGCCACGCUGGCGCUAUGAUGCAGGCCCGCCAGCUCGGCGACGAGCUGUACGUGGGUGUGCACUCGGACGAGUCCAUCCUGGAGAACAAGGGACCUACGGUGAUGGAUCUGCAGGAGCGUAUCGCCGCCGUCGACGCCUGCCGCUGGGUGACCCGCUCUGUCGCGCGUGCCCCCUACGUGACACAGCUCUCCUGGAUCACCCACUACGGCUGCCGAUAUGUCGUCCACGGGGACGACAUCACCUCGGACAGCAGCGGUGAGGACUGCUACCGCUUUGUGAAGGAGGCCGGGCGUUUCAAAGUCGUCAAGCGGACGCCCUCCAUCUCGACGACGGACUUGGUGGGCCGCAUGCUACUGUGCACACGGACGCACUUCAUCAGGUCACUCCGGCGGACCCUGAGCGGCGAGGAGGGCCACGGCAGCGAGGCUGAGAGGCGGGCCGAGGGUGGCGCCAUGACGGAGCGCAUGAGGGCCUACGCCAGCGACGAGAGCGCCAAGGCGCCCGGGGCGGCAGUGUGGUUCUGGGAGGGCAAGGGGACUUUCGUGCGGCUGUUUGAGGGGCCCAGACCCAAGCCUGGCCAGAGGGUGGUGUAUGUCGAUGGUGGUUUUGAUCUGUUCUCGAGCGGACACAUCGAGUUCCUGCGACUCGUCGUCGAGGAGGAGAAGAAGCUGGCUGCCGAAUGGGGCUGGGACAAGGAUUACUCCCCUGUCUAUGUGGUCGCGGGUGUUCACGACGACGAGGUGAUUAACCACUGGAAGGGUGUCAACUAUCCCAUCAUGAACAUCUACGAGCGUGGCUUGUGUGUGCUGCAAUGCAAGUACGUCAACGCCGUGACCUUUGGCGCUCCCUUCACCCCCACCAAGGCCUACCUGUCCUCUCUUCCCUUGGGAACACCAGACGCUGUAUACCACGGCCCCACCUCCUUCAUGCCGCUCACCUACGACCCGUACACGGCGCCCAAGGAGCUCGGCAUCUACCGUGAGAUCGGCACGCACACCUUCCAGGAAGUCAACGCGGGUACCAUCGUGCAGCGCAUUCUCAGGAGCCGCGAGAUGUACGAGGAGAGGCAGCGCAAGAAGGGCCAAAAGGCAGAUGUCGAAGCCGCGACGAAACUGAGAGAGGAGCUGGAGCUGGAGCAGAAGAAGAAAGAGGAGCAUCAUGGAGUUGUGUCAGGCUGA